CUUUGGAACUGGUGGGAAAAAAUUGCGGGCACCGUUGAUGUUCACAGAACGAUGCUGUCUUCUACGGCCAAAGUAAAUCCUGAUUUAGCCCUAGAGCGAGAGAAGGCCUCUUUUAACCCGAUUGAGCUCAGUUACCUGCUUCACGGCGGACGGCAGAAGAUCGAGAGAAAAAGAUACCUGGGUACUGUAAUUUACGUAAUCAGCUUUCUUGGAUAUUUUGCAAAAACCUGCAACGUUAACUCCAGUUUUCGGAAAGUCAAACACGCUCGCUCAUUAUGAAUAUCUGUUAUACCGUUUCUUGAAAACAGGUGGCGGGCAUACGAGCAUUGAUUGAGUUCAAGAAAGAAAAGUCAUCAUAUUUUUGUGUACAGAUCACAGCUACACUCACAGCUGUAUAAAAUUGCAAAUGUUUUGCCGACGCUCAUGUGAAGCAAAUUUUCCAUAAAGUACCAUUUAAUGAGCACAUUGAAUUCUUUUAGUUUUUCAUCUAAUUUCUGUCUUUUUAUCAUUCAUUUUAGUCUGUUUUUAACCAAUUUAUUAUUGUGUCUGUUGGUCAUUCAAUUGUGCCUGCUUUUGUUAUACAGUUAUUUACGUCUGUUAGUCUUGUUAUGUAAGGGCUAUUUACAUGGAGGGAGGAAGAUCCAUUGUAGUACUAGGCAGAUCCUAGAAGGCAGAAAUUAAUUUUGGUCUGUGUGGUGCCCAAGCAGAGAAGGAAUUAAUGAUGGCAAGCGACAAAACAAAACUUCAAUUUGUUUGGGCCCUUCUGCUCUUUUUCUGGCGUUUUAAAAUAACUACCUUUCAGCAGAAUUAUAAACAAUUAUUGGAUGAGGUUUUUGUGAUAUCCGGAAUAAUCAAGGUCGAGGUAAGUGUUAUCAGCCGAAGCCGAAGGCUGAGGCUGAUAACACUAACCGAAACCUUGAUUAUUCCGGAUAUCACAAAAACCGAAUCUAAUAAUUGUUUUAUUAUACAUUGUUUUGAAGAAAAUAACGACAAACGCGUUAUCGCAGCGAUCACAGUUUAUUGCUGUCCGUGCACGUGACAUUGCUCUUGGAAAUCAUGCAUUGCGUGCGCAACCUACAGAUUAUUCACUAAUCUGUAGGUACAGAUUAGUGAAUAAUCUGUAGGUUGCGCUGUUUCCCAGAAUUAACUGUAGGCUUUUAGCAAAUGAGAAGACAGAUGGUGACUACAAUGUAGAAUAAUCACAAUAAUCAGGUCUUGGUAAUGCCAAAUGAAAUGUUCAGCCUUUAUUGCCUAUUGCAGUGAUUACCCACUGAAUGACCCACUGCUAUUUUUGUCUGAUUUGUUCCCCUUGAUGACUCAUUUUUCAUGCAAUUUUGCCAGUCUGCAUGUCGUGGCUUGUUGCCAUGAUUUAAUUGUUCAACCUCAACUGAUCACUUUUUUCUGAACUUUCGAAAGCAUUGUUGAAUACUUACAAUGACAAGUGCAUAAAAGGAGGUAAAAAAUGGUGUCUAGAUUGAUCAUUGAUGUGAGUGAAGGGGUGGUAGAUAAAUAUGUAGCAAUAAAUGGCAAAUCUAAAUACCUAUUUAUAUUAUGCACAGUUCACUUUGUUCUAAAUAUAUAUACUGAACACCACAACUCCUUCAUCUAUAAAACAGAUACCUCUGUAGUGUUUGCACUUUGACUGUAUGAAGUUAUUUCAUCUUAAUUUUUUCUUUCCUGCUUGCAUAGUCUCCUUUGAAGAAAAAUUGGGAAGAGGAGGGAAACUCUAAUUCCCUCUUUUCAGUUUUUUAAGGAAGAUCAUGGCCUGCAUAGCAUGACGAUUUUGUCAGACAUACUGCUGAGCAACAAAGCCAUGAAAUGGCGUGAAGCCGCAAAAGCAUGUGAAGCUGCAAAAGUAUGCGAAAGAGUGACAAAGUCAUGAGAAAAAUAAAAACUAUUGCUACCACCCCAAUAUCCUCAUGGCAGUUUUACUGCCCUUGCCUACCUUGGCUUGUUUGUGUGCCUGACCAAAACCACUAUGCUACACAGGCUAGGAGGAUUGAAAGAGGCUCUGCAAACAGGAUAAUUAUUUAUGAUUACUCAGAACAUUAUUUACGUAGCUGAAUUCAUGUAUAAGGGUGGCAGAUAUAAUUAUAGUAACUAGUAAGAAAAUUGUGGGUUUUGGAAACAAUUUCAUCAAAUCUUCAAAAUUUCAGAAUGGUUUGCAGUGAGUCUUGAAGUCUUGUUUUUUUUAGUUUCCUAGGUGUCUUGUGGUUAGUCUUGUAUUCUACCAUUUAAAACCCUUACCGAAUUUGCAAUCAACAAUGACUUGAUGUGUCAUUCACAUGGUGCAGGCUGUUAUAGCAAAACAAUUUCUAGCGCUGUACUGAUCUGAGAGGUCAUAUAAUAUUAUCCUGUAUAAUGUCUUUCCAUCCUUUACAUUUUUAGAAUCCUUGCUUGUGAAGGAUCCCAUUUUUAGCAAGGAAGAUGCAUAUGUUUGUGAUCGCAAGCACCAGUAUGAAAGGUCUUGUGAAAAAGGGCUGCGGAUGUUAGAACUACAUAAGGAGUACAACAUUACUAAUGAAGAUGACAUUCGCAUGUUGAACAGGUACAUUAUUUUUUGAUUAAAUUACUCUGGUUUUUACUGCUUGGUAAAUAUAAUUAAGCUAUUAUGUUACAGCGAACUCUGUCUAAAACAGACACCUUUGCAGUGACCAGAACUUAUAAGCAGGGCUUGAGAAAAGCCCUGUCCGAUAGUCCCACUGGGACAAGUAGAUUUUCUUGCUGGGAAAGUAAAUUUUAAAGCUUACUUUCGUGAUGGGUAAGGAUCCAGGCAUGCCAUCCUCUAAACAAAUCAUUCACUAAGUCAAACAAGAAGUGGCUCUGAGCGGGCAAAAUGUGAAAGCUGCUUGCCCAAAGAACAAGCUGGAAAUCAAGUUUUUUUAAGCCUUGACAAAGUCUCCAUAUUAAAGAGGUGUCUAUCUUACAGAGAGUCAAUUGCAAGUAAAGGAUGUAAAGAAAGGCAGGCUGACCAACUCUAGGUGUCCAUUUUACAAGGUGUCCAUUAGGAGAGAGUCAACUGUAUUAUUUUUUACAACAUAGUCAGUAAUGUAACCUUAAACUUCCUCUGAGAGGGGAAAAACAAUGACGCAAAGAAAAUUCUUUACCUCAUUGUUUUUAUGGUGUCACUGUGGCUACAGCAAUGUAAGGCUGAUACUAGGUAGAAAAAUUGUUUUUGCAAGACAUCAAUAUGGACACCAAGAACUCAAGGGUGUGGCUAAGGAAAAACUAAACAGGGUUCUAGCCAUAGCACUUCUAUGCAACUGCACCUUCAGAAUUACCCCACAUCAAAGGAGCUGGAUAUUACCAUCUUCCCAGCAUGCUUUGUGCCUAUUUCAGGGUGAUUGUUUCCGCCCUGUGUGAUGAAAACAUGAAUUUUACCUAAAGUUGCGGGGACAUUCGCCGCUUUAAGGGUGAGAUUUGGAGGUAAAGUUCUAGGUCUUUACCUAAUUUUUCAUCUUCCAUCUGGAUGACAGAAUGAUUCCUUGAUUAAAGUAUCCUGUUUUCUUAAUGUUCUCUGUAAGAUUUGACUGUGUGACCUUUCUCUCCUUAUACAUCGCUGCUUAUCUGUUGUAUGCAUGGUGUUUUUGAAUUACCGUAAAAUUCCGAAAAUAAGCCCCAGGGCUUAUAUUUUUCAAAGGCCCUUUUUGAAGGGCUUAUUUUUGGAGGGGCUUAUAUUCGGAGGGGCUUAUGGGAUUCGGCUGUUUGAUAAUAUAGUUUGAUCACAAUGCAUGACAGGAAUAUGGUAAUAUCCUCCGUUCCCCACGUCUUGAGUAGCUGGCUCCUAAUGGGAUAGAGAAUGUGGUACAAUAACUGCACUGCAUAUAAAAAGUUAUUGAUCUUUCACAUUUUAAGUAUUUUUUGUCAACUUCUCUCUAAAACUAAAUAGUUGUGAAAUUGUCAUCAAUUAUUACAUUUUUGUUGGUGACUACUGUACAUUAUUUUUUGGUUCAAAAUGGAUAAAGUAAAAAAGUGUCUGUAACUUUUAUGGUCAGUACUACAUUUUAUAUUUACACAAGGUACUACACUUUGAGCCAUGAAAGAUUAACAAAAAAAUGUUUUUAGUCUUUCAGGCACAUAUUUUCCAUAUGCUCUGAGCAACACAAUGUUUAUUCCAACAAUAAAGGUAGGCAUGUACAAGAUAAAUCAGUGUCUUAACCUCAAUCAAUUAAAAAUCAAUUUUGCUUAUAAUUUAUUGUGAAGAGUACAAUUGAAAGUUCUAUUAACCAUAUACUGUUGCACUGUUGAUGUGAAAUAAUUAUAUGGGUGCAUGUAUUCCUGGUACAGUUGUAGCUCAGGGACUGGCUUCCAGAAAAAUUUUGAUUCCAAACACACCUUGAUUUAACAAGUUCAGAGGGUGGAAGUCAAGUUUUAGUUUGUAGUGCAACCUUGGCAAGACUAGCUCGAUCAUGCCCAGUCUAUAUUGCAGUUGACUGCAAUGCAUGCAGGAGUUAAUGUUUAUAGGUUCAAUCUGUUGGGCUGGGCCAAUACCUAAUAAUGAAGAUUCUGCCUUUGCUGGGCUGCAAAUGGCUAGACCUUCAUAAUUAUCUUAGAUGACUACGUAAAAUGAUGGCCCUGUGUCCAGUAGGAGAUAUAUAGAGAUUAGUAUAUAAAUUGAUACUCAAAUAAAGAGUGUAGAUGUUUGCAGUUUCACUGGUCAACCUAACUUUUCUCCUUUCUUAUAAAUUUGUUUGUGGUAUUCACAUAAUUUUUGCCACUGAUUUCUUCCAGCAACUGUUGUCCACUUAUUAAUUUUUUCUCAACUGAAUGGUAUUUACAGAGUCAAGGGACCCCUGAACAAAAAGCCAAGUGGCUUCCUCUGGCAGAGUCUUACCAGAUCAUUGGAACCUAUGCACAAACUGAACUAGGCCAUGGUAACAAUUUUCAAAGUUUAUUAUGAAUUAUUAAUACAUCUCAAUAAACUGUCUUUGAAUAUAUGAAGAAAAUUUAAUGAAUAAUUGAUUAAAUUUGAUUCUAUAGCAAAGGUAUUACAGUCAAGCCUCCAUAUGUGCGACCAUCUAAUUGCCAAUCCAAAACACCAAAAUUUUCCCAGUCAAAGCCUUACAGUUGGAACCUCUAGUAAAUGACCGCCUCCUGUAAGCGACUGCGACCACUUUUUGAGCCUGACAGUUGAUAAUUUUCCAUUGUUUUGAACCUCUUGUAAGCGACCACUUGGUGCAUUCUCUGAUCUCUGUUUUUGCUGCAUGCACUAUGUUACUUAGAAUAUACAAAGCACUUUAGUGAUAACAUGGAACUCCACAUAUCCUAAUGCAACAUUGCCUGCAAUAUAUUAUUCUCCAUAAAGUAAAUGUGCCUGGACCUCUUCUCGGAAGAGAGCCCCCAUGGUUCAAUUCUUGUAAACAACCAUAAGCGACCACUCAGUCUUUGCAUUUUAGGUGGUCACUUACAGAAGUUUCGACCGUGUAAGCACUUAUAAUGGCCAACUUUGACUUCAUUAACUUACUGGCAAGUCAUAGUUUUGGAAUCUAAAAUAAAAUUAAUAUUGGUUAGGUGCUCUUUCAUUAAUAGAGAAAUUGAAAAUAUUUUAUAACUUUUAUAACACUGGAUAGCACUAUCCACCACAUAAAUCACUACCCAGUGGUUGACUAUCCGGAAAACCAACUGCAUUAUUCAGUGCAGCAGGAUAGUGAUUUAUCCAGUAGGUAGCAGGGCCAGAUGGUUAUCAGCCACAGAUUGAAUUUUCCCUUUUUUAAUAUGAAAUAUUUUUGCGUGGUAAUUAGUUCUCUAAAUUUUAAAGUUGUUAAACACUGUUUGCACAGGUACUGUAGCCUUGGGGAAGGUUAAAAAAAUUUUAACCUGAAAUCAGAUUUGACUUGUGACAAAAAUAUGCAUUUAUAACACAUGUCUUAGAGACCAGGCUACCUAGUAUGUUUGGGUGCAUCUUUCUUGUAUGAGUGAAAAUAGGAAUUCACUGUAGUUGAAGAAGCAGAAUAAAUUAUCACAAUCAUAUAUAACAACAACAAUAUAAUAAUUUUUUUAGGAACUUUUAUUCGAGGCUUGGAGACAACAGCAACCUAUGAUAAGAAAGCUCAAGAAUUUGUCAUCCACUCACCAUCACUUUCGGCUUCCAAAUGGUGGCCAGGAAACUGUAAGUUUUUUGGACAUAAUUGCAGAAUUUAUGAUUGCACUUGCUGUACAUUUAAACUGUUCAGAUACAUCUGACAGGAUCCCACAAACUGCUACAUAUUCUCUCAAGCUUUUUUACUGAAAUUUAUGAAAAUAGAGAAAAAGAGAUUAUCAAAUUUUCAAAGAGUGAAGGCGACAUGGAACUGAACAGUAUUUUAUUCCAGGUCUCUAAGGUUACAACACUCCAAUUUCUCUAAGAUUACACAGUAUUUUACAGAUUCUGUAGACUCACAAGGUUCAAAUUCAACAUGAUGGCUAACAAGAACACAACACAUUUUUCGGAUCUCCACAAGGAGGCCUAGUGAGCUCCUAAAGCCUUAGGUCAAUGUGCACAAAGAGUGUAGUCUGUUAAAAAACAAUCUCAGUAGAAUGAGAAACCUCUUGAGAAUUUUGGUGUUUAUGGAGAGAAGAUCUGUAACACAAGGCAAAAUCUUUCACUCCAUACCAUCAUGAGGUUGCAGUGGUGGGAUGGGAACACUGCCUCUGCUAUAGUCUGAAGUCACUAAAUGUUUCAAUUUUUUUUGUAAAGAAAAUAUUUUGAUUUAAUUCGUUUCAUUGAUACCUUUUUUAAUAGUGGGCAAGUCAUCCAAUUUCGCCAUUGUAGUUGCAAGACUUAUUGUGGAUGCAAAGGACCAUGGAAUACAGAUGUUUAUAGUUCAGUUACGAGACUUAAACACUCAUCAACCUCUGCCUGGUGUGUUUUGUGAUAUUUUCCAUAAUUAUAGUUUUGUGAUAUUAAGUUUUAAUAAAUUUCGAGUCAAGUUGCCUUUAAUUUGAGAUAAUCUGUAUUCUAUACCAAUUAAAUUACUCGAAAUUUCAACCAGAAAGACAGUAUCAAUGUAUACUAUUGUAAGGGUUAGUUAAUAAGCAGCCUGUGACCUUCGCUUUAUUUUAAAGGAUUUUUCAAAUGCAUGAUGUUUUGUGCAAUGACCUGACUUGAAUUUUUUUCUUGUGUAAGGAAUAACUAUUGGAGAAAUUGGCCCCAAGUUUUCCGGUUCCCUGGACCCAAAUGAUAAUGGAUUUUUAUUACUUGAUCAUGUACGAAUUCCACUGGAUCAUAUGCUAAUGGGACUAGCAAAGGUAUGAAAUCAUUUUACAUCUCGUACAUGUAUAAUGCAUGUACUGUUAACCACAUGUACUGUGCGGUGAUUGAACUUCCAUCUGCCCCUGCCUCUUGUGAGUGACAAUUAAGCUCCCAUAAGCAACCAGUUUCUAUAGUCAUCUAAAAUACUCAUCAAAAAUCUUGAAACACUUGAGUGCAUUUCUGCUUCCGCGGUGUAGAUCUGGGUAUUACAGUCAUCUCAGUGCUCCAAAAUAUGCAUGGCUCAACAUUGGGGAAGGAGAGGGGCUCAUCUCUGAGUAAGAAAAAAGUGCGAUGAUUGAAUGUAAGAAGCAGUACGUGUCUGUUUUAGCGAUUUGUGAUGAGUAUAAUGUAGCUUCUAUCCGGUCACUUCGUUCCAUGGACAGAUCAUUCCAAGCCAGAUCGUUCCACCUUAUCAUUCAUUCUUGUCAUUCUUUUAAGGGAUCUCCAGUUGAUGAAGCUUAUGUCUACUGUCAAGUAAUUUUAUUUUUAUUCUUACCUUUAAUUUCCCAACAGCUUUCCCCUGAUGGUACCUUAACAAAGCCAGCAAACUCCAAACUUCUUUACGGAACAAUGAGUUUUGUACGUGCACAGAUUGUUUUCUCAUCUUUUCAAUCAUUAUCACAAGCACUGACAAUUGCUAUACGUUACAGUGCAGUAAGAAGACAAGGCAAGCUAAAACCUGGGUAAGCUUUCUGUCAACUGUCCAACUUAUGAUUUGCUGGGAACCAUAUGCAUUGUGUUCUGUAGAUUAAAUGAUACAAUAAUUAUUGGUGUAGCCUGUUAAAUGUGCAUUUCAUGUCACAUGUGUAUUAGAAAUUCCUGUAAUUAAAAUAUCAGGCCAUGUUCACAGGGCACUGGAUGAAUUUUUGACCGGCUGAAGAAAUUUGACGCGAUACUUUUCACACGGGAUAGUUCAACUUUUUCGCUCUGUUUACAGGGAACUUUGAAUGGCUAUAAAGCGUCUAAAUUUUCAUACGGUUAAUUAAGGUGGUUCUCAUUGCAUGAAUGGAACACCUAAAUGCACAAAUUUUCAACCGAUCAAAAUUUUCGUCUCGUACCGUGUGAAGCUUAGCCUCAUUUUCUUUGCAUGAGUACAAUGAGCGCUGGAGGCAACUGCCAACAUUUUGCAACACCACCAUUGGCUUCCCAGUGAAAUGACGUCUGAGGACAAGAGCAUAAAUUCUGUGCUGAUGACUUGUCACUACCCAGAUUAGCUUCAACCAAUCAGAUGCCCUGGGUACUCUUCAGUUACUACUUCUGAUUGACGUUGGUCUAAUAAUUAUACAAUGUACUCCUUGAUAUAGUAACCUCCACCACUUGAUCACGGGUUAUAUUUCUGCUUGCCUGAGGAAACAGCCAACAUUUAAAGACAACACCAGUGGUUUCCCCACAAAAUGACGCCUGAGCAACAAGUGCAGAUGACAUGUCACUACCCAGAUCUGGGUACCACCGCGGUCAAACGUCUAAAUCGUUAUUUUUGUUUUUUAUUGCUGGGAUUUCAUUUACCAGUUAGAGAAAAAUGGGCAAAGAUGUAUCAAUCAGUUAGUCAAUAUAACUAUCUUUCCAUUUUUCUCAAAAUUUUUUGAACUUUUUCGCUGAAAACACUUCGCGCUAAAAGAGAAUCAUGUUUGAAAAUGGCGCCAAUAAUAACGUCAGCAUCGGUUUUCAAUCACUUAGAACUUUUUUAGUAAACUUUUAAAAAGUUUAGUAAACUAACAGGAUGUUGGUAAUACCCUAAACGUUCGAUAGUGAAAGUAGCAACCUUAACUUUGAAGUAUUUCGCUUAACUUUUGCAAAUUUCACUCGUUUGACCACUGUGAAGAUCUGGGUAUGCCCCUUGCAAGCUGAGUGAUACCUGAAAGAUUACUGCAGCCACCUUACACUAAGACUAAGUACACUGCUACAUCAGUUACAAGAUGUAAAUAAUUCAUAUUAUUUAUAAAUCUUUUACGUCAACAGUGAUUCUGAACUACAGGUUAUUGACUAUAAAACUCAACAGUACAAACUGAUACCAGGAUUAGCGAUGGCCUAUGCUACAAGAUUUGCGUUUGAUCAUGUUUGGAGUUUGUACCAUGAAACUCAAAAACAGAUAAGAGCUGGAAAUCUCUCCAUGCUUCCCCAGGUAAAGGCAAUAUUUUUUGCCACAUUAAAAUUGUAAUUGAAAGACAUAAGGAUCAACCUUUUGAUUUGCUCUUUUAGGUGUUUUUGUUUAUUAACGUUUGCCUUUCCGGGAUAAUGUCACAAAACUGUGAAAGGUUUGAACCCAAGAGUCAUUUCAAAAGUAGGUUGAGUAUGAUCAUCCAGGUGAAUGUAGUACUGAACAGGACUAUUGUUGUUGACAGUGACUGACAUUUCGACGACCCUUGCAGUAGUCAUCUUUAGAGUAAAAGUGAGUUGGAUCAGGUCAGUUGAUGGUAUUAAACUCUGGUUAUUGUCUUGAUUGGUCAGUUAAGUCACAAUGUUAUUGGUUGUCUGUCAGUUAAGCCAUGAUGUUAUAGGCUAUGAAAAUUUGCUAUGUCAACAAUAAUAACAACAACAACAGUCCUAUUCAGGAUUACGUUCACCCAGACGAUCAUACAAGUCAUGUACUCAACCUACUUGACCCUACUUACGGAAUAUGUUAUGUUGCGUUACGUUAUGUUAAUAACUAUCACUACAUUUCAACAUUUCCCUGUGUUAUUUAUUUUGGAAUAAUAUCUUGUAGGUUCAUGCUUUCACCAGUGGUCUUAAAGCCUUCUGUACGUCAACAUCCAUGCACCAUGCAGAGACAUGUCGAUUGGCUUGUGGCGGACAUGGAUAUUUACUGUAUAGUGGUUUGCCUACGUUGUACUCAAUGAUAAAUGCUGCUUGUACUUACGAGGGAGACAAUGAUGUGCUUUAUUUGCAAGUUGCUAGGUAAGCUGAACAUACUUUACAUCACAUUUUUGUUGCUAUUCUGUGCCAUACAUCUAUACCCUGAAGAUACUUUGGCUAGUUAAGGAUAGCAGCGUGCCCAGAAGGUUUUUACACUUCUUUAAGGGGAAAAGCAAAAUGGAUCUUGACUGGUUUGUUUACAUCUCUUUUCUUCACAGGGACAUUUGUAACGCUUAGAGAUCGGAUCUAGCAUAAACAUAAUUGAAUCAUUUUGCUGUAGGUUCCGUGCUUUUAGGUUUUCCUAUCAAAGGACUUUGAUACCAAAAAUGAAAAUUCUUUUUAAGAAUGAUAUUGAGCCCCUUGAAACUAUACAGCCUUGUUCCAUGGCACACACAGUGAUACCUAGAUUAUAACUUGCUUAUUGGAUUACCCUGGCUUCACCUCCCCAACAGACAACUGUCCAUUGCAAGAAAAUUAUUUGUCAUUUGGACUUGCCGUUAAGCACAUAGACUGUUGAGGUCACUAUUUCUAGAUGUGGAGCCAACUGGCAGUCCCCCACAUUCUUCAGCUCUUACCAAUUUAUUUUGAUUCUCGACUCCAAAGAAAUUUGGACAGUCAUCUUUGUCUAAAAAGGAUACAAACCAAAGAAAAACCUUCAAGUUAUACUUAUAAAAUUUCACUGCUAUUUUGAGGGAGACUACGACUGGCUGAAUUUAGCCCUGUUUUUGUUUAAGGGAAGGGCGUGGCUGUAUACAGGUAGCUGCUGUAAAGUAUUUGGUGAUAAGGUCUUAAAGAUUUAGAAGGGUUGUCAUUUGUUAUUGUGGAUGUUGCAGGUAUCUUGUCAAAAUUGCUUCAAAUCUACGGAAAGGAGAAGCUCCACCCGAAUCACUUUCAUUCUUCUUGCAAAAACCAGAACUGUGUCCAGCAACAAAAGCCUGUGAAUUUCUGGAUCCCAAAGUACAAAGACGGAUAUACCAGGACAGGACCACAAGGUUGGGUAUAAUUAUAAUAAGUUCAAUCCAAUAGCCAUUUCCUGUUUUCUCUUUCUGCUCUUUCGACUGUGCCCAGACCAUGCAAAAUAUUGUGCUUUUGCUGAUAAUUACUUAAGGAAUAAUAGUUUAACUCUUCUCGUUCAUUAUUAUCUCUCAAAUCUGCAGUGAGGUAAAGAGUUUAGCUGAAAAGUUGCAAGACAAAGUAAUUUCCGGAAUGGAUUCUAUAGAUGCUUGGAAUGAUACAUCGAUUGACUUAGUUCGCUGUGCUAAGGUAAAAAAACUUUGCAUGAUUUGUAGGUUGACUUGUAGGUUUAAAUAGUAAAAUGACAAAUUAUUGAACGCCUGUUCUCAAGUACCGUCUGUACAACUUGAUGAUAACCAUGUGGUUUAUUAAACUGCGAGGUAAAACAAGGUUAGUGAUUCAAAGCAAGAGUCAUCAUUUGCUGUUCCAAACUCGAAAGUGAAGCUUUAUUUAGCGGAUGGUUGGGUUGGGAAAAUCAGAGCAGGGAAACUUGUUAUGACUGUCUAUAGCUCAGUUCAACUUAUCCACCACCUCCAGACCGCUAUAUUUUAAGACCCAACCUCGUUUUUUUUACCUAACCCUCGUUUGCCACGGGUGGAGUCAAUUAAAGAUCAUUGAGAGUCACGUUUUUUCAUCUGAUGAUGGCUGGACAGUUGUGGAAGAUUGCUGUCUGUAGUGCAAGUUAAGCAAAAAGUAAUGAGAUUUAUGCCAGUACUUAAACGUUAAUGUUUUAUCAGAUUAAUCAUAGCUGUUUGUUUAUCUCUUGGUAGGACUACAGUCACUGUGUCAUGGUUAUAUUUCUGCUUGAGUCGAUAGAGAAACUUUCUGGUAUCAGUCAAAACUUGCGCACUGUUCUCAAGUCCUUGGCGGAUUUAUUUGUUCUGCAUGGCAUCACUGAGAACUCAGGGAGUUUUAUUGAGGUAAGAGACAUUGAAGCCUCCUCUGUAGUAUAAUGACGAUACAUCACAGUUGUAAUAGUUUAGUUCUUCUCAUCUCAGUGAAAAUGAAAACUUGUUAGAUCGUAUUUACUUAUAUUUAAACAAGACUAACGAAUUGCAUGGAAAAGUGCAAACAUUCUAUUCCAGCAGUACCCACUAUUGCAUCAUGAAGGUUGUUGCUUAUUGUACUGGUAAACUGCCCCCACUAUAUAUACUCCUGACAUUUUCUCAUGUUCAUCCCUACUGCCUUGACCGACCCUCCCAUGUUGCAUCAGAUUUGUGUUCUGGAUUACACUAAUGUAACAAAAUCAUUUCUCUUAUGAAAAAAAAUCCACCACAAUGCCCACAUUAAGAGGUUUUUUUUUGUUUCCUGUCAUUUUAGCCAGGAAUUCUCAAUGAAAAGCAGCUGCAAACAGUCCGUCAGCAAGUGUACAGCUUAAUUAAUCAACUUAGGUUAGUACAGCUCAAAAGUAUACUGUAAAAUAGUCAUAGACCUGUUUGAUAGGUACCUUGUGGCUUAUUAUCAUUUUUGAGCACUGAUCUUGUUGUGCAUGCAUGUUAUGUAGAAAUGGGCCUUAAAACCUCUAUCAGCAAGUGCAUUGUUAACGUUAUUGGGGGUGCAUUUGGAGUAGAAUUGACAGAAUAUCUCUCCAUUUCAGUAAGAGCUGCCUUCUAGCCAAGUCAAUGUUCUAACUUGAAAUUUCUUUUGUUGGCUCAACCUACCUUGUUUUAACAAUUUAUUGGGGAUAGAAAAUUUUAAGACUGUCAGGUAACCAAAGCAAAAUCUCAACUUUUAAAUCCUGCUGCAAUGUCCACAGUUUACUGAAAUGAAAUUAUUUUUGCCUUUUAACUUGCAGACCUGAAGCAGUCGCUUUAGUGGAUGCGUUUGAUUACUCAGACUUUGUUCUCAACUCACCUCUUGGACGCUAUGAUGGCAAUGUAUAUGAAGCCCUUUUCAAGUAUGCUCAGAAGGCAGCUUUGAAUGACCGUCAGGUAACUGAUCCAAAAUAU